AUGGACGAACGGCGAGAUCUUCGCAAGUUUCCGCGCGGUGAAAGAUGUCCAGAAUGUGGUGCUAGGCGAUGGUAUUUGGAAAAUGGUCUGCGUUUCUGCUCCAACGGACAUCAAGUCGAGGGAUUUGUUCAAUUCGAUAUAGGUGACGAGGUAGAUGCUGGAAAUCUCGGAAGAGUAGCCAGAAAGGAAAAGGAAGUCAAAGAAAAAGAACUUCGACAUCUCAUUGGCCAAGCAGGAAGGAAUCUCUUUCUCGAAUGCCUGCAGCUGGUUUUGAGAAACCAACUUUUAUGGCUCAUAACAAGCAAAGGUCAUCGGGAAGAACUUGAGACUGUGGUCCGCGACCUUUGGGAUCUUCGCACCCGCGGCGGUGGUGCGCUUCCCGUGGGAGAAGAGACGCAAGAAGCAGAACAGGAUGAAGGUCUCGCAUUGUUCAGCUCUCAGCCUACAGCUGAUGCGAAGAUCAAAGGCAACGCGCCCAAGAAACAACACACAAGAGCCCAGAGCUGGAAUCCAGAGGAGAAUCCCGACUGGCCAAUGCCUAGGAUGAUUGACACACUGGCUUUGUGCUACCUUGGGUGCUUGCUGCUCAGAAUACCUACAGCCAUCGGUGAGCUGUGUCUUUGGGCCAAUGCUGGACGAAUACCGUACAAACGAUCGUAUUACGAUUUGCCGCAAGAAAUGCAGGAUCGAUUGCCUUCUGCUUAUACAAGAGCGCUCAAGCUACCCCUUCGCUGGCCUCUCAAGGGCAUCGACUUGCACAAUGCAGUGUUAGAUCUUGCGCUAUCGUAUAAUUACAACUAUGGAAUGAUAUUUCCUGCUAUCAAUGAAACACCAACCUUGGUUCAUUUUGUUAGACAGCUCAGUUUGCCAGUUGAAGCAAUUGUCACUGCCAAAAGUAUACUAUCAGUGAUGCGCUUCUCUUUCCAAUUACCUAUUGAACAGUCACGACGCUUCUACAUUGAUUACCCUGAGAUUCUUCUCAUCUCGGUUGUUCUUGUUGCAGCAAAACUGUGCUUUCCACUGGGGCGCCACGCCCCCUUACUUCAAGUAGCAGAGACUGAGUCGAAUAUCAAAUUUGACUGGAUGAAGUGGCAGAAAAGCAUUCACGAAUUGAUAGAUCUAUCGCAGGCAUCCGAAAAAGAGCCUAGCUUUGACAAGAUUACCGUGGACCAAGUUACCUCCAUGACAGCCGAGGAGCUCGACCAAUACUUCGCUCAUAUUGCUAGUACAAUUGAUAAGAAGAAUGACUCGGUAGUCACAAGAUUCUUCCCUUCAGAAAACGCUCCGCCCCCCGAAACCCUUUCGGCAGAGAGCGCCGAGAAGGAUAACGAUCACAAAAUGAGGCAGAUCCUAGGUCGAGCUAUCACAAUCGUUGGAGAAGAAGGAUCUGAACAAGAGGACGAAACUAUGUUGGAGCCAAACUAUGAAGCAUUCCGUUCAGUGGAGGAUUUAAACGAGACAGCGCAGGCGUUGUAUAAAGCUGCUGGCUUGUCACUGGAUGAAGCAGUACAGGCCGUUUAUAUGUUGGAGCAGAAAAUACUCGGUUGGCAAAUGGCUCAGCGUAAAGAAGAUGAAGAGAUGUUAUGA